CCAUGGGCACCUCAGCAACUGGCAUAAAGACUUCUGGAACCGACUGCACCAGGAUGCAUGUGGCUGGACUGGAAACAGGGAUGCAGACUGAGAUGGAACACAGACAGGCUUUCACAGGCAGCGUGAAGCAAAGAUUUGUCUGCAAACUGCAUUUGGGGAAGACGUGAGAAAUGAGAUUUGGUAAUKAAAAUAAUGAGAUAAUUUCCAGUUUACCACUGCAGAUGUCCCUCUAUUUCAACGUUUAUUAUUUCCCACUUUGGUGGAUCAGCACGGUUGUCAUACUCUACAUGAAGUAUCCAGCCUUAUCAGAUUACUACAAGUUCAUCGUGGUCACUGUCAUCAUCCUAGCCUCGCUCAUAGAGRUUGUCCGGCUCUACCUGGGCUACAUGGGCAACCUCCAGGAGAAGGUCCCCGAGCUGGCUGGGUUUUGGCUCCUAAGUCUUCUGCUGCAGUUGCCUAUAAUUCUCUUCUUGCUGUUCAACGAAGCCCUGAAAAUCCAGCCGCUGGAACGAUCAGUCAAUAUCAUCUUUGCUCUCUUCCUCACCUUCCAAGUCAUUGCAGGCUUUCUCGCCCUGAAAAAAAUGGUAAACCAGCUGGCAACCCACUUCCACCUGCACGAGUUUGACCGGCUGGAGGAAUACCCUCUCCCUGGUAUUUACAGCCUGGGGAGAGAAGAGGGUGCAUUCUCUGCGGCUGCUAGGGGCCCCUGCUGAGGAGUUCUCCCCAAAAAGGUUGGCUUGAGAUCAGCACAGAGGGCUUCACAAGUUCCCAGAGGCACGGCUGUUCAUUUCCAUUUUGUUCAUUCGUUCUUGACCUUCCUAUUUCAGAGACAUUUUUAUAUAUUCAAGUGCAGCGAUCUGUUUGCAGACUGUUACUGGGUAGGGUACCUAUGGAAUUGAUUUAACAGUUUACAAAGUGGUAUAUGUAUUUUUUUUUAAUCUGGAAUUAUUUGAACA